UGUAUGCUGCUGCAAAUAUCCUUUCUAACACUCCGAAGGGAAUUUUUUAAUAUUUUAACGCAGAGAGCUUCCAUUUCCACGAAGCUAAAGUUUGAAAUGAGGAGGAAAAGAUACGGAUGGCAAGGUUUCAAAAAGAAAAAAAAAUCAUUGACGUCACUACCAACGAAAACUGAUGUCCUUCGUUGUUUUCAUUCUUUUAUUUUCACCUUUAGGCCUCAACAUAGAAAAUGCGUCAUUCAGCAAUUUUUAUUUUGCUCCUUUCUCGAAGCAAUCACCGAGCAAUGGGAUACUUGUUGGGUGUUCGCUCAACUACCUCCCAUUUUUCAUUUGACGCUUGGCCUUUACCGUGAGUUUAAAGGCUUGGUUUAGAAUUUUAGGGAUCGUAUCAUUCGGUAUUAAUGGGUUUCCACAGUUCUUGUAUUUUGGUUCUCUUCUCACUGGAACUAUUGAGCAGUAUGGCAGAAGUCACAAUCUCAAGGGACGUUUCGAUUGGUUCAGAAUCUCCAGAAGAAUCCGGUUGGUCCUGGAUGAAUUCCGCCAAAACCCUGCAUGAUAUCCGGAUGGUUGCGCACCCUGAAAACCCUUGCAAAUCCCUCCCGGCACGCCCUAGAACGGAACUAACGCACGCCGCUGCCGCUUACUGCAAGAAUGCUCAUGCGGGUUUCGUGCAGCAUCUGGAUCUCUCCUUCAGGCUCAGGUGCCCAGGUUCCGCGCUCGAAUCUGCUCCGGAAGUCGCUUGCUCACCAAGAGACAAAAAGAGGUACAGCAACUAUCGGUGCACCAUAGGGGUCAGAUCGGGCUUCUUUCGUACGUACUGUCGCGGUCAGUCGUUCAAACGCGUCGACCUAGAGACAUGCGUCCAAGGCUGGGAUAAGUUAAUCCGUCCCUAGAUUAUCAUGCUCUUUAUCAUGUUCAAAUCAAAAUAAAUCAAUAUAAUUGCUGAGUAUAUAAUAACGAAAUGGA